AUGUCUGUGUGCUUUGCUUAUUACCUGAGGAAGAAGUUCAUUGCAAUCAGGCCUAGUCGAUUCUUCACAACGACUCGAAGACGAAAGCACUUUUUCACAGCCUUAGCGGACAACCUAUUUCUUAACCUGUCAUGGUUUAGGAAUGUGCGGCAACUUCGAUUAAUUUUUUAUCAAGGGAUCCUUUGUGUUCUCUUCAUCCAGCGAGAGGUGAUUCCGGGCGGUGGAAUUCUUGGUCGAACUCUCACGGAUUGGACCCGAAAGCGGGGCAAAAAGCAUGUCUCCUCAGGUCAUCGCGAUAUCACCGAGAGUGUCAGCGAGGCUCGCAAACGCGCCUCUCAAGCUGCUGCUGCUGCUGCUGGUGGUGGAGCAGGAGGUCCCGGUGGGGGGGCCAACGGACCCUCCCAACCCGGAGUCGUUGGGAUGCCUGUCAUCCAGGUCACUGCUGCCCAUCCUGCUGUCAUUGCUGUCGCCAAUCUCGGUGAUGACAGGAAAAUCUCGACAACAGUUCAAGGUGCUCCUGAGGAGAAAGGCGGUGGAGGUUUGAUGGGUCUUAUUCGUCGUGGAAGUUCUUACCUCAAACGCAGAGAAGCGGAAGAGGAGCAGAAAAAACAGGAGGAGGAAAGAAAGGAGGAUCUGGAAUUAGCCAGAACCAUGUUUGCCGCUGCUCGCAGAGAAUCGUAUUACGGUCAUCGGAACGAAUAA